AUGGGUCGAAGUCGCAAAUAUGUUUUGGUGGAUGAGUUGAAUGUGCUAGAGAGCGAGACUGUGGGUAGCACGGGUAUCGUCGACCGGUCGGUGAUAGCGGCAUUGGCGAGUAGGGGUUCAUUGUUGCGUGUGAACGCGGACCAGCAAGUAGCUUUGGUACAUCGCGGCAUGACGGCGCGAGACCGCUAUGUGAAUGAAGAAUGUAACUCUGUACGUGGGUUGGCCUACCAGUUGAGUCGGACAGGCUUCCUUACCCGGCUGCCAGUGCCGGUGACUGCCCUUUUGACUCGCUGCAGCCGCCUGCGACUGUUAUAUCACUACGACAAACCUCUGGCCAACAUCAAAGUGUUCCAAGGCGUCACGGCCCGAGUUUACGGCAACUACACCUUUGGCCAGCUGCCGUCCAACCAGCUGCCGUCCAAUCAGCUACCGUCCAAUCAGCUACCGUCCAAUCAGCUACCGUUUAAUCAGCUGCCGUCCAAUCAGCUACCGUCCAAUCAGCUACCGUCCAAUCAGCUACCGUCCAAUCAACUGUCAGGUGGUCACUCGCCGUUGGGCCAGUCCCCGUGCUCCUCGCGCCGGCAGUCGUCCUCAUUCCGGCAGUCGCCCUGGCUGCGGAAGUCUAGUCAGUUGGUGUCUGGACAAUUUCUGGUGCUGAUGCUUCCGGAGGAGCGUCUGGCACGCCAGGAGUACGCUUCUCGAAGCAUGUCGUCGGACUUGGCGGCGCCGUCGGCAGCCGUAGCGAGUACGGAGCAAUCCCGGCAGUCGCUGGGACAGGCGAUUGGCCAGUCGAUUGGGCAGUACAUCGCACCACAGCGGAGCGUGGGACCACAGCGGAGCGCGAGAGAGCACAAGAGCGGCUCGCACACGAGCGCCUCGAAGAUGAAGCUGGGGCAGGAGGCGGGUCGAGAGGCGGUCUCGGAUGCAUUGCCGGACGUAAAGCAGGACGAGUUGGACUGCCGGCGGGAGUCCUUCGACUUGGCAACGAGCAUGCUCAAGGGCUCGAGCCACGAGACGUACGUGGCGCUUGUGCGCAGCUUGGUCCUCGGCUACUUACUGAACGACCCUGACGCGUUUUGUGGUCCCGGUGCUGCGGACCGCGCCAGUCGUCGCGACCUGGUGCAGUACUUGCGGAACAGCGUCACACUCGUGAUGCUCGGCUUACGCUUCGUCGGACGUACCUUCGCCGGGUCACUCAUCCUUCGGCUGCUCACCAGCUUUGUGGCGGACUUUGAUCGCACAGGCGCUCUGACUGGAGGGGCUCCGAUAGGAGGUGUUGGUCUUCUGGUCGGAGACGAAGAGGAAGAGGAAGAGGUACAUUGGGUCCCGGAUAGCAGCGCCGCCGGUCCGAUAACGCUCUACAUGAUCCACGCUACAGAAAAUCUCGAAUGUCCCCUGGUGUACGCCGCCAGCACGCUGCCGCUCACGCGGCGCUCCAUGAGCCAAGAAGGUCGCCGGUUCGAAGCGUCCUGCGUCGCUCUACUGCACGGUGGUGCCGAGGAAGUCGGUCGACUGGGCGACCUGCUCGGGCUCCCCUCGCCCCUCGAAGUAAACGAAGAAGUUUACCCUCUCAGCUACGGCGACGCAGCCUCCCCUCGCGCAGCCUCACCUGACGGCGCAGGUCUGGCCAGACAGGCGGCCUUCGCAGGACUCUACCGAACCCAGGCUGUCCUGAUACUGGAUGCCAUCCUCUCCAAAAUUGUGCCGAGACUGCCUCCCUCUGACCCGGGCAGUCUUGACCUCGUUGCGGCGUUUCUCACAAAGGCCACCAUCUUGCGUUUUUCAACCCAGACAACCUAG